UUGUUGAACAUGUUGAUGUUUUAUUGGUACGGCAAACCAAUGUGGGCGAUUGCUUAUGCUAUUGGAUGUGGUGUUUUGUUCGCCGUCCUGCCACAGCCGGAUUACAAAGGUAACACAAAGAUAGUGAAAUUAACCUUGGAAGAUUUACGCGACAUUCAGCGCAAUAGUUAUCAGGUUUCCAGGAUCACAGAGAUCAAGGAUGACGAUGACCUUGAUGAAAAAGUAAAGGGCAAAGGAAAAGCCGAGAACGACAAUUACUGGGUGGUUUUCUUUUAUGUCACGUGGAGCAAUGUAUGCCGAAAUUUCGAAUCCACGGUUGCAAAGGCAUCGUUAAAAGAAGUUUAUGAUCAUAGAUACACGACCCCAAACAUUCAUUUCGGGAAGUUUGAUAUUGAUGAGUCACCAGAACUGGCACAAGAGUAUGAUAUUUCCUCGGCACCAACUAGUCUGGAUCUUCCCACCUUGAUACUUCUCAAGAAUGGGAAGGAGCACAGGAGAUUACCUUGGAAGGUUAAAGAUGGAACCGAAGAAGAUCUGGAUAGAAUAAAGAGCGAAAAGCUUCGAAGUGCAAAGGUUAUGUGGGAUCGCCUGGGAUGGGAUCGGAGCAUGGAAUCGAUAAUCUCUGAAUUUAAGCUUGACGCCUUGCACAA